AUGCUGAAGACGUACAUUGCCAUGCGUGGAACUCAUGUCGGUUUUAACGAUUCCCUGUUUGAGUGGGUUAACGACAAGGAGCGUGCGGGUCGUCAUAAUAACGAUGGAGAGCCUUCAGAAAGCUUGAAAGAUACUCCCCGUGAGAGACAGGAGGUGUUCUUGUAUGACCGCCCGCAUGGAGACCACAUUCGAGCACCCGUCGGCCACAACAUGGAGCUCCACAAGUUGUCUGUGAAGGAACGCGAUGAGGGUUGGCAUAAGAAAGUCCGAGCUGCUGACGGAAUCCCUCUUCGAGACUAUGUCUCUGAUGACGAGGGAGACCCGGCGGACGCCAGAAUCUCUCCAUGUACUUUCCUGGAGUUCUCGGACGGUGCUCGUAGAUGGGAUGCUGAUCAACCUGAGAAGCCCGAACCCGAGGAUAUUCCGCUUCGCCCUACUACCCCUGAUAAUCGUCCACACGUCCACAAGGAGCGUGUACUGCGUUAUCAGCGGGAUGAAGAGGAUGGAAAGACACUUUCGGCCGAGGGCAACUAUGAUUCCAUUUCGUCUAUGCUAUUCACUCCACCUGAAGGAGUCUCGCCGGGCAUGGCUGGUUAUCUCAACCGUCUGUACCUCUACGACCGCAUGAACGCCAACGCAGCUCCGGCAAUUCAGGGGCGUCUGGCUGCACCAGCGAACCCUUUCAAUGCCUCUGCCCCUUCUGGUAAUGAGUAUUACCGCGAAGAUGAAGUCAAGGAGGUCAUCUCCCGUGAGUGGAAGAUUGACCCAGCCGUCGUGCAACGCAACCUUGAGACGAAAUGGGCCGAGGUUAAAGAGAACAAGACCGAGGAGGACCGGAUGAAUGGCUACAUCGAGCGGUUCCGCCACGAGAACUACCAGCUGAGACCAGACAACGAGAAGCUGCACGACUGUCUGGCGGUGCAUCGAUACCAGCAGCAGCGCAAGGAGAGUCGCGCGCGUCGCAUCCAGCAGCACGUCUACCAGCAGAUGCAGGAGGUGGAUGUGGAGCUGGAGCACUCCAAGCAGACGCUGGACCUCGCGGUGCGAACCUACGAGCGUAUUGACCGAGAGAACUCGGAGCUGCUGUACGAGAGAGACGUACUCCUUCGGGAGUUUGGCAAGGAGACGCCCCAGGAAGUCUUCGACAUGUUCCCCGACCUAUUUAAGCAUUGA